AUGAAGAAAAAGAAGUUACAGUCACGUAAUCAUAAUCCAACUGGUAAUAAUAAUGGAAUAACCAGUAGUCUUUCAGAAACUGGUAAUGAUAUCACUGGUAAAGAAAGUGUUGAAUGUAUGCUAGAAGAUGGUGAUGAUGAAGAAGAAGAUGAUGAUGAAGACGGGCAAAUUGAAGAUGACGAAGAUGAUGAGGAAGAAGAAGAGGAUAAUGAGGGGGAAGAAGUGGGAGAAGAUGAGGAAAAGAAAGAAAUUGAAGGCAAUCAUCAUCAUCAUACUCAUGAACAACAAUACAAUCGAAUUAUAAAUAAUUUUGACAGUCAUCGUAAUCACUAUAGCAACAACAAUAAUAAUGAAAUGAACUUAAGAGGACAGUUAAAACAAAUUGCAUUUAUGAAAAAAAUAGAUAAAACUUCGGAUUCAACUAUUGAAGAAUAUGACGAGGAUUCUGUAAGAAGUGAGAAGUUCAAAAUCGAAAAUGAAUUUCUCAAUUUAAGUUCAGAUAUCUAUCCAAAUGCAUCAUCAUGUUUUAUUGAAUCAAUAAAUGAUUAUGAAAGUAGUCAUCCAUCAAUUACAGAUAUAAGUAAUAAUAAUAAUAAACUUUACAAUCGUAUGAAAUUUAAUAAAUUCUCCCAUGAAUUAUUCCCUCCAUUUUACUAUAAUUCAUCAAUUGAGAAUAAUUUAAUGAAUUCAGAAUUCACUUUUAAUCCGGUCAGUAUGAAUCGUGAUUUAUUAUUUGAUCCUUUAAAAGAAUCGUUGAGAAACCAAUUAGUUAAUCCAAGCCAAAGUAAACAUCUAAGUUCUCAUAUGGGAUGGCCAUUGGUUAGUAAUAAUAAUAAUAACAAUGAUAAUAAUAAUAACAGUAUAAAAGAAUACAAUAUGAAUUUAUCGUCACCAUCAUUGUCAACGUCAAUCCCAACAAUAAGAACAUCCACUGAAUCAACAAAUCAUUUCACAAGAUUAUCUUCAUCUCCCAAAUUAGAUUUACAGACAGACUAUCAUCCUAUAUGUUCAAUGUUUAAUAGUUCUUUCCAUCCAACAAUUGAUUUAAAAUCAAAUUAUUUAACAUCUAACCGUCGAUUCCAGCAAAGAGAUGAUGCUCAUCACAACCAAUUGCAUAAACAACACUGUUUAAAUAUCAAUCAAUCUGAAAUAUGUGAUCUUAUACAUUCAAAUGGAAGCUCUAGAGGAAACGAUUCUGUUCUAAAAACAUGUCCAACAGAGAGUUAUUCUCAAAAACCAUUGAACUGUAGUGAAAAUUUUAAUACAUUACCACAGUUGAAUCCACAUAUUUUGUAUGAUAGUAAUGAAUCAACCGUAGACCUAACUAUUAAUACUGCUAUAACCACAAAUAUUAAUACUCCUACAUCAAUAGGUGUGCCUUCAAGAAGCAGAAUGAAUAUUAUGAAUUACAAUUUAAAUACAUUCACAGUAAAUGACUCUGAUUAUUAUAUGGGUCCAGUAGAGUCUAAUCACAGUUAUACAUUUAAUCUUGACUGUUCACCAAUCACUCAUUACUCCUUUUUACCUACCUUAACAACGACAUCAACAUUAGGAACACAAUUAACUACCUGUUGGCCUCCUAUAUCUACAUCAACUACUAAUAAAUUCUUAUCACCUCCUCCAGGGUUAUAUCCCUUACAGUCAACCAAUCCUGAUACGGAAUUGAGUGCUACGGUAUCAGAUGAUAUCGAUCAAAGUAGUGAGUCAUUUUCAAGUAGUAUAGAUCAUGAAGUGUCAUUUCGAAAAAAUAUAUUUCAUUCCUUAAAAAGCUCUACAGCCGAUCAAAAUAAUUGUGAAUUAGAUCAAUCUAAUUUAUCUUAUUUACCAACAUCGAUGAAUGUAUAUAAUCCAUUCUCGAAAGGUUCACAUAAUUCAAAUCAUUUAAAUUUCUCUGAAAGUAAUGAUUCGUGUACUUUCUCAACUUAUACAUCACAACUUAAUAGUUCAUGUAAUAUGAAUGCAAAUGAAACAAUCAAUCCAUAUUUACCUGAAACAGAUUUUCAUUUGAUUACUGAUCGUGGUCAAGAUGAUCAUUCUAUAAAACAAAAUCCUUCAUUAACACAAUACUCAUUACCAUCUAGUAAAAAUUUAUCUCCAUUACAUCAAUUAAACAAUGUAUUUAAUCAAGCUAAUCAUAGCGAUUUUAAUCCGAUGUUUUAUUCACCAUAUUUGCAUAAUUCAAAUUCAUUUGGUUAUUCAAUAGCUGGACAUGAUAUGUUAACUAUUACCGAUUCAUAUAAUCCUAAUGUUUUAAGUAAUUUAACACAAUCAAUAAAUCAGUCUUUCAAUCAAUCUCCUAAUAUAACUCCUGUUAUUAGUAGUAGUAGUGGUACAUUUACAAUAAAUACUACUAUUCAUUUAAGUAAUUUAUGUAAUACGACCAAUAUAAAUAAUGUCACUCUACCAUUCCCAAUGAUUUCUACGAAUACACAUUCAUUAGACUUAUCUUCUACAUGA